GAGGAAGAGGUAAAGAAUGGACGAGUCAAGUCUGGAGCCAAGCUGGCUGCACGAGAAGGGGCUCGACAUCGCGUUUACAAAUCGCCACUCUUUGGUGGGGACGCGGUUAAGCUUAUAAGGCGGCAGAACACAGUAGACGGGACCAAUAGUUGCAAAACGUUUGAUUGUGUCGCGUGCAACAAAAAUACUUCUGUCCGCGAUUCAGUUUCGCAAGAAAUCAGCUACGUCUCGAAACGAGACGAACCGAACCGAACCGAACCGAACUGAGGGAUAUUAAUCUUCCGGGAUCGACGUUCCUGAUCGAGGGAUAGUGAUUCCGCAUACGGUGGUGAACAAUCGCAUUGUAACGUUCGCGUUACAACCACGAAAGGAACCUGUUGAUUUUUCGCCCGUUUCACGUGUCGUGUACCAUCUCCUUCGAUUUCGCCAAGGAAGAAGAAUUCAGGACAAAGAGCGCGGUUUAUCCAUCACAGGAAGGACGCAGAUGAACGCGGUAUGCACGUAGGCGUCGUCGGCGGAGGCAUCCUCGUGACGAGGUAGGAACCUACAGGUGGUAGGAGGUGCGAUGGCGGGCGGCUAGGUGGUGGAUCCUGCUCAGAGUAUAAUAGAGGGUGCAACAGCCCUCUCUGCUCACUCUUCGAGCACUCAUCGUCCCGUCGAAAAGUGGCAAACAUACAUACACACGCGUGUUUUAUCGUCGUUCGAACGAAUUCGAAGAAAUUCUAACGCUUUUGUGACCGAUCGUUUCGCGGAGGAUUCUUCGUCGAGAAGAGAAAGGCUUUCCAAGUCUGACCAAAGUGACAAAGAGGAUCAAGGGAAUGAGGGGAAGGUCCAGCGCAAAACGGACGAGCCUGUGUCUGCUGGCACUGUUGUUCUGCCUCUCCGGCGACAAUCUCCUGUUGGUCGUUGGAGAACCAGAACCGAUCCCAUCGGAGCUUUUCUACAGCGAAAGCUUAAUCAACAAAGCCGAGAAAUUCAUACUGUUCAACAAGCUGAAGCAAGUGAUCGAGGAGCAGAAAGAGGUGGAAGAGAGGAAGAAGGAGUUGGACGAUAUGGAGGUGAUGAUCGGAACUGUGCUGGAAUCAAGGACGAAACCCAAGACGAGAAACGGCGAUUACAUCGAGGAACUUCCGACGCCCAACGCGAUUAUCAGUCCGCGCCCCUCGAAACGUACCGCGAUCAGCUAUAUGGCCCUGUGCCACUUCAAAAUCUGCAACAUGGGUCGGAAGCGACAGCUACACAAUUAAAAAUAUGAAUGAAACGUAAUGGUUGGCGGACGACGACCACGUCAAGAGAAUGGUCGAGAGCCUCUUGCACGGUGCCGCAUCCUCUCUGCCUCGAUAAAACGAUGCGAAACCCGCGUGCAAGAGACGUGAUAUGGGAAACGGAGGGCCACCGGGAAGAUCUUUCUCGGUGGGACGGAAUUGGUGCAGCUUGUGAACAAAAUAAGGACGCGAGAUCAUUAUUUCCAAUCGGCCGAUAAAAACACACUUUGCAAACAGCCAUGGACGUUCGAUCGACUCUUACUUGCAAAAUGGAAAAUCGCUUCGGAUAGUUUUUCGAAGAGUUUCUUGGAAACCUUUAGGGAUUACCUAGGAACCUUCCUUAGGGAGGCAUAGAAUGAAAAUUUCUCAACGACA